AUGACCCGCAAAAUCAAAGUCGCUGUCGUUGGCAGUGGGCUAGCUGGACUAACCGCUGCAUACUUGCUAACCCAGAAGCCAUCCUCGGAAUCGGAGUCGGAGCUGCCUACUGUGACAGAAUUCGAAGUACAUGUUUUCGAGAAGGCAAAAGUCUUGGGUAUGGACUCAUCUUCCAUAUCCGUACCGAUCACCAAAGACAGGAAAAGUGACUGGAGGAUCGACGUGCCGAUGCGGUCGUUUCAAGGAGGCUACUACCCUCAGUUAUUAGCUCUGUACAAACAUCUCGGAGUCAAAUUCCGACAAGCCAAUUUCUCCUACUCUUUUUCCCUUCUCUCCUCAUUCAACACUCUGAAAGCACCGAAGAUGACGACCACCAUGAUAUAUAAUGGACAAUCAGGACGUGCUGGUGUCAGUAUGCCAUCCAGUCUCACAGUCGCAAACUCCAAAUCUCUUCCAACUCAAGUAACCAAUUAUACCGUCAGCUACGGCUUAUUCGUGAUUUCCACGAUCUAUCUCCUCCUCAACUAUCUUCGUCUUAUCAUGCUAUCAAUUCCAUGUUUGCGCUCCGCGCGUGCACCUGAAAUGACUUUUCGUGAAUGGAUAGAGUAUGCUGCUCCAAUAGGAUUUAUAGGUCAAAUACUUGGAUCGGAAGCUUCAUGGAAGGAUUUCUCUUAUGACGUCUUGGUACCACUAUUUUCUGCCGUGUGUACCGCUCCAGAGGAGGAUGUUACAGAACAUCCCGCAGAAGAAUUUCUCGACUAUGUAUGGCUUACCCUGUUUACUCAUCAUUAUGUCGUGACCAAUGGUGUCAAGGACGUCGUGAAAAGGCUUUCGAAAAACGUACAACAUGUUCACGUUGGCACUUCGAUAUCAGCUAUUCGACCUCACAGUGAAGAUCCACAUCUCGUUUCCAUACAUUGCUCGAUAAAUGGCCGCGAAGAAGUCUAUAGUGAUUUCCGCCAUAUUGUAUUCGCUACACAAGCUAAUAGCGCCAUCCCACUUCUAACGUCAUAUAUGAAAUCUCUUUCACCUGAAUCAUCUCACCGCCCAGCUAUCGAGGAACAGAUACGUUGUCUGAAGAAGUUUCACUAUCGCCCUUCAAUUGUCAUCAAUCAUACCGACGACCAGCUGAUACCUGACAAUAUAAAUGACAGACGGGACCUAAAUCUUGUGUCUGUGGCUUCAGGAAAAGUACCAGUAGACUUGGAUGAUUCCCCUCAUUGUCUUCCAGCAUCGUAUACCAUGGCUACCCACAUUUUAUCACCUCCUGAAGAAUACUUGUCGCACCUACCCACAAUUUAUCAAACUACCAACCCCAUCGUGGCUCCCCGCGAGGAGUGCAUACUCUCUGAGGCGCGGCUGGAGCGAGCUGUCCUUACAAUGGAUGCGAAAGCGGUACUGCGUGGUUUUUGUCUUCAAGAUGCCCCUCGAUGGUGGCAAUGUGCUGUGCAGUGCGACAGCAGGCUGGGGCCACUGCAAGGAGGAGGCGCAACGGCGGCAGGUCUGGGAGGAGGACCUGGCAUAUGGCUUUGUGGUUCGUAUGCUUACUACGGUAUACCCCUAUUGGAAGGUUGUGUGGUAAGCGCAAGGAACGUGGUAGAGCAAGGCAUUCUCGCGAGCGAAGGUAUCCCUAUAGGACAUGGAUUAUGGUAA